CAUCAUCCCCAGCCAUAUAUUCUCAAUCCACAUCACAAAGUUUCUUACUAACAUAUAACAAUGGAAAUUACCUCCUCAUCAACGUCCUUCACUACUUGUGGGAUGAUUUUGGGUCUUGCAAUUGCAAUAAUAAUAGCCAUUGUUCAGCCGGCAGAUGCCAGGGCUUUCUUCGUCUUCGGGGAUUCACUCGUGGAUAGCGGCAACAACAACUACUUGGCUACAACUGCCCGUGCUGACUCACCUCCUUAUGGCAUCGACUAUCCGACUCACCGCGCCACAGGCCGCUUCUCCAAUGGCCUUAACAUCCCCGACAUAAUCAGUCAGAGAAUCGGCUCUGAACCCACAUUGCCAUACUUGAGUCCUCAGCUCACGGGACAAAGGCUGCUUGUUGGCGCCAACUUUGCUUCAGCAGGCAUUGGAAUCCUCAAUGACACUGGAAUUCAGUUUCUAAACAUAAUAAGAAUGUAUAGACAGUUCGAAUACUUCCAAGAAUAUCAGCGACGAGUGAGUGCACUGAUUGGAAGUGAAGGGACCAAGAGACUCGUGAACCAAGCCCUCAUCCUCAUCACUGUCGGAGGCAAUGAUUUUGUAAACAACUACUACUUGGUACCCUAUUCUGCGAGGUCUCGCCAGUAUUCGCUGCCAAAUUAUGUCAAGUAUCUCAUCUCAGAGUACCGAAAACUUUUACAGACGCUAUACAAGCUAGGAGCUCGAAGGGUUCUUGUAACAGGUACCGGACCACUGGGUUGUGUCCCUGCAGAGUUGGCCAUGCGAGGCACAAAUGGUGGAUGCUCAGCUGAACUCCAAAGAGCUGCUUCCUUGUACAACCCGCAACUUGUCCAAAUGUUAAAAGAACUCAAUUCCAAAAUUGGCAAAGAUGUCUUCAUUGCUGCCAAUACACAGCGCAUGAACAACGAUUUCGUUAACAACCCUCAAGCAUUUGGAUUUACAACAUCAAAGAUAGCUUGUUGUGGGCAAGGACCUUACAAUGGCAUUGGGCUUUGCACUCAAGUCUCCAACUUGUGUCCCAACCGUGACCAGUAUGCUUUCUGGGAUCCAUUCCAUCCAUCGGAAAAGGCUAAUAGACUUAUUGUCGAGCAGAUCAUGUCCGGAUCUCCUGAUUACAUGAGCCCAAUGAACCUCAGCGCUAUCAUGGCCUUGGACAAUUCGACUCCAUGACCAGAACAUCCUUAUUUUUUCCUUUUCUUUUCUUUUCUGAAAAAUAAUUACAAUAUCAGUAAUUAAUUACGAAUGUAUGCGAGCUUGUAUCGAUGACUGUCGUUUACAAGGGUAUUUAUGCAAAUGUCUUAUAUCAUU